AUGAGCACCUCAAAGUAUCUAUCAACACGCUUCUCGACGCUGAAGCCAACCUUGACAAUCCCGCCAAACCCCAUCAAGUUGCUCGGUCUCUUGACCAGAAAGAAUUGGCUGUUCUUCGCGGUCGCCAUGGCAGGCUGGACGUGGGAUGCAUUCGACUUCUUCACCGUCAGCUUGACAGUCACACAACUGGCAGCGGAAUUCGACAAGAGCAAUACAGACAUCACCUGGGGAAUCACCCUGGUGCUAAUGGUGCGCUCCAUCGGAGCAAUUAUCUUCGGCCUUGCCAGCGACCGAUACGGGCGGAAGUGGCCCUUUGUGUUUGUCAACGUCAUGUUUAUUGUCCUGGAGCUGGGCACCGGCUUCUGCCAGACGUUCCGGCAGUUUCUGGCCUGUCGUGCCCUGUUUGGCAUCGCCAUGGGAGGUCUCUACGGCAACGCCGUCGCCACAGCCCUCGAAGAUUGUCCCCUUGCGGCACGAGGAAUCGUCUCGGGCAUCCUCCAGAUGGGAUAUAUCCUAGGAUACUUGCUCGCAACGGUCUUUGCACGCGCCCUCGUGGACACGACUUCACACGGGUGGCGCCCGCUGUUCUGGUUCGGAGCCUGUCCGCCCGUCCUGAUCAUCGCGUUUCGACUCACCCUGCCCGAGACGGAGACGUACCUCAACCGCGAGAGGGUGCGGAACGCGAGUAAAGCGACCGUGUCGACUUUCGCGCGCGAGUUCAAACUCUCCUUCACCAACCACUGGCUCCUCCUCGUGUACAUGGUCCUCCUCACGGCGGGGCUGAACUUCCAGACGCACGGCACGCAGGAUCUCUACCCGCUCAUGCUCAAGAGCCAGUACGGCUUCUCGGCCAACGGCGUCACCAUCACCAACGUGGUCGCCAACCUGGGCGGUUUCGCCGGCGGCGUGACCUGCGGCUGGAUCUCCGACAUCUUCGGCCGGCGCGCCACCUUGCUCGUCACGUUCCUCGUCUCGGCCACCCUGCUGUACCCUUACACCUUCGUCUCGUCCCGGGCGACGGCCGCGGCCGGAUUUUUCGAGCAGUUCUUCAUCGAAGGAGCCAUGGGCGUCGUGCCCAUCCACCUGCUCGAGCUGUCGCCCGGGUCGUUGCGCACCUUCUCCGUCGGCACGGCGUACCAGCUCGGCAACCUCGCCUCGUCGGCGAGCUCGACCAUCGAAGCCACGCUCGGCGAGCGAUUCCCCCUGGAACCCACCGCGGCGGGCGUCAAACGCUAUCACUACGGCAAGGUGAUUUGUAUCUUCACCGCCUGCUGUCUGCUGUACAACAUCUUGGUCGUGCUGAUCGGGCCCGAGAAGAAGGGCGUCAGCCUCAACGUCGAGGAUGACGGCGACAUGAAGCAGGCCGUCGGGCACGAGCACGUCGAUGAGAUUCUGGCGGCCAAAAUGCAGGCGGGCGUCCAAAGCAAGUGA